AUGACUUCUUCCAUGUCCAACAUCCUCAUCUUUGGAGGCACCGGUGGAAUAGGGGAAUCAUUCGCCCGAGCCUUCCACAGCAUGGGCAAAAAUGUCAUCAUCACCGGGCGCCGCGAGGCCCGUCUUGUGCAACUGGCCAAGGAGCUGCCAGGCCUCGAAACUUAUACCAUGGACAACAGUGAUCUGGCUGCUCUCCCGGGCCAUGUCAAGACGAUCCUUUCCAAACAUCCUGACAUCGAUACAGUCUGGGUCAACUCCGGCAUCCAGUACCAGGGCAACUUCUUGUCUCUCGAUAACUUCACCGAUGAAAAAAUCAUCAAAGAGACAAACACCAACCUGACUGCACCCAUAAUCCUGGCCCGGCACUUCAUCCCGCAUCUGUUGUCUUUGGGGCGUGAGGCCACCUUCAUGAUCACUUCCUCGGGUCUCGGAUACGUUCCGAUGGGGUUGUUCCCCGUCUAUUGUCCCACGAAGGCUGCCGUACACUCUUUCCUGGUGGGACUUAGGGAGAGUCUUCAUGGUACCAACGUCAACGUCAUCGAAAUCGCCCCGCCGUACGUGCGAACCGACCUCGAUGCCGAGAAUCGACUGGACAAACUCGUGCCACCCAUGGAGUUGGACGACUACACGAACGAGACGUUGGAGAUCCUGCAGAAGCCGGCAAAGGAGAUCAAGGAGGCGGGCGUUGGAUUUGCAGAGCUGGUUUCCGGGAAAUGGAGAGAGGCCUUUAAUCCAGUGCUGGGAAUGAGGCAUUCAACCGGUUGA